GGACGCACGCAAGCCGCCAGAGGGCAUGAAAGGGGCGUGUUGCGUGCAUGCGUGCCCUCGGCCCAUAUGGCCCAGUUAUGGCGUCAUCCGGAAGUAGUCACGCCGGGCGGGAUGACCGGUUGGACAAAAUGGCGAAGGAUGAGGACUUACGGGAAUCAAGCCUGUGAAACACACUUCAUCCUGUCUGGUGGAACAGCCUGCCUUGAUGCAAGACAUAAAAACCAACAUGAAUCUCCAGCAGCCAUCACCUCUCAUCCCCCCUGUCCACCCUGAUGUGCAGAUGAAGCCCCUGCCCUUCUAUGAUGUACUGGAUGUCCUAAUCAAGCCUUCAAGUCUAGGAGCAAGUACUGCACAGAGGUACCACCAAGAAAAAUAUUUUAUCUUUGCCUUGACACCACAGCAAGUUCGAGAAGUUUGCAUAUCCAGGGACUUUCUGCCAGGUGGCAGGCGGGACUAUAUGGUUCAAAUUCAACUGAGGUUUUGCUUGUCAGAGACAAGUUGCCCUCAAGAGGAUAAUUAUCCCAACAGUCUUUGUAUAAAAGUCAAUGGGAAGCUGUUUCCUUUGCCAGGGUAUGCACCACCACCCAAAAAUGGUGUGGAACAGAAGAGACCAGGGAGACCUUUGAACAUUACCUCGCUUGUCCGACUCUCAUCUGCAGUACCCAAUCAGAUUUCAGUGACAUGGGCCCCUGAAAUUGGAAAAACCUAUUCUAUGUCUGUGUACCUGGUGAGACAGCUAACAUCACCGCUGCUGCUGCAGAGGCUGAGGAUGAAGGGCAUCAGAAACCCAGACCACUCCAGAGCAUUAAUUAAAGAGAAGCUGACCGCAGAUCCAGACAGUGAAAUUGCUACAACAAGUCUUCGAGUCUCACUUAUGUGUCCGCUGGGUAAGAUGCGACUCACAGUGCCAUGCCGGGCAGUGACCUGCUCUCACCUGCAGUGUUUUGAUGCUGCCCUCUACCUACAGAUGAAUGAGAAGAAACCCACCUGGAUCUGUCCUGUGUGUGACAAGAAGGCUGCAUAUGAGAGUCUUAUCAUUGAUGGUUUAUUCUUGGAAAUCCUGAACGACUGCUCAGAUGUGGAUGAAAUCAAGUUUCAGGAGGAUGGAACGUGGUGUCCCAUGAGACCAAAGAAAGAAGCGGUCAAGGUCACAUCUCAGUCAGUUCCAAAAAUUGACACUCCUUUGCGCCUGUCGUCAGUGGUGCCCCAUUCUACUGAGCCCAGCUCCACCAAGAAGGCUGAUGUGAUUGAUCUUACUCUGGAGAGCUCCUCAUCUGAUGAUGAUGAGGCAGACACAGACCCUCCACUGAAGAAACAUUGUGUUUACAUUUCCAAUAAUGAGGAGAUGCAUGCGAAGGGAGUGUUGACCUACCAGCCCACUGUGCGCAUGCCGAAUGUCCAGUCCCUGGACCCGACGUAUCUGACCUCUACGCUCGCUGACUAUGCAGUCCCCUUCCAUCCUUCUACUCUGGCUACCAUCCCCACAGACAUGCAAAGUCUGGAUUUGUUUUCCUUAAUUCAAGCAGAUCCUCAGCAUUACAGACCUCAGAUGUUCCUGGAUAACCUGACCAGCAGUAUGCAAAGUGCAGCUGCAGCCAGCACAAGCUCAGCCUUGGUCUCUUCCAGCAGCCACUAUGACACCACCACCCACACCGCCAGCUCCAUCCACGAAACCCAGAUCAUCACAGGAGGAGGUGGAGGUGCUGGACGAGGAACUGAUGGUGGAAUAUCAGAUAUCAUUUCACUAGACUGAGCCAUGUCUCACUGGACCUUUUUAGGCCUGUUUUUGUGGCCUUUUUUAUACUGGACAUAACAUAUGAUGAACAGGUACAUCACAUGCUCAAUUUUCACUAAAACUGGUAUACAGGAGCACUAUAUUUUAUAUUUUUUUGCCCGGUUUCCUCUUCUGCCUAUACAUUUGUUGAUGAUAAAUUGUCAGCUGUCAAUUUCUCCAGACAUUACCAAUUAUUCUUGUUUGGUGUCAUACACUUGAUCAUUAGAUAAAAUGUAUUCCAAUUUGUUUACUUACAUGAACAUGUAUGUCUGACUACAGUCUAUUCAAUUGUGUGCCUACUUAGCAUGGGAGAGAGUCAGGAUGAAAGAAAGAAGAACGUGGGCUCACAGCAUGAUCUUGUUUCAUACAUCUUUGCAUCUUUAGAAUGGUUGGAAGUAGAAAGGCACUGUGAGUUAGACUUGUGGACUAAACACAGUGGACGGGUUUGUUUCACUGUUUUUAUUGUAUCUGCUGGCUUUUUAAAGCCCUGUUUUACCUUCCAUUCAACCUGAUGGAAGCAUGGAAGGCUGAGGUUUUAGGCUCAUGUCAUUACAGCUUUCAUGUUAUACCAAUGUUACAUUUCUUUUUUGGUUCCAUUGAAAUUUAGACAGAGCAAUAAUAAUUUAACUAGUGUUAAUCGAAGUUGUAAAUAUAGUUCAUAUAAUGAUUCCACUUGGUCCAUAUCACUACUACUCUGCUCUGUCCUACUUUUGUAUCAAUUUAUUAGCCAACUGCUAUAGGAGUUGUUCAAAAUGUUAUAUAACAUAAUUGUUUUCUUUUGGAUUUUCAGAUGGACAUGAGUCAUGUUUUAAUGCUGCCUUCAAAUGUGGUUGUGGCUUAAAGUACAUGUGAACGCCCCCCUUUUGAUGUAUUUACAACAAUUGGGGGGGGGGCAAGAAGUAAUUUUUUUGUUGAAUGGAAAGUUUGUCUUGAAAUUUGUUUAGUUUUUUGUCUGAAUUUUAUAAUAUGUUGAAGGAAAAUGUUAAUAUUACAACAGUUUUCAUUUGUCAUUAUGUCAGUUCAUUUCCUGCAAUGUUACACGCUUACCAGCUUGCUUAAUUGUUAGCCUCUGUGGCCUCUCGACAUUGACAGUUAUGUUAACAUGAGCCUCCAUGUUAUUAUUGCCUGGCAGCAUUGCUCUCAAGAACACUUGAAUGCCAUUAUGUACAUGACUUCCCACUUUGUAUCAACAAGCUCCAUGUGAAGGAAUCAUAUGUACUGAGCUGGAGUCUGUGAUUAGCCUAGCUUAGCAUGAAGAUUGAAAGCAAGGGGAGUCAGCAAGCAUUAUUUUCCACAACACAAAAUUAUGAUAAACAACACCAGAUAAGCUCAUGUUUCUCAUUAGUUUGCUCCUUACUCAAUUAUAUAUGUAAGAACCAUACUUUGUUGUUCUAGUGGGAUUUAGGUGCUACCCCUUGCUAGCCAUUUCCCCCUGCUACCAGUGCUCAUGCUAGACCAAACACAUCCAGACUCAAGGUCUGUACCUAACUCAAAGACAUGAGAUCCAUAUCCAUCAUAUCAUCUAUUUCUUGGAAAUUGUCUAAAAGUGUAUUUCCCAAAAUACUGAACUGUGUUUGAAAAUUUCUGACUAAUCAGUGUAUCAGCUUUGACAAGUAUGAAAAUAAUUUUUAGAUCACGUGAAGUAUGAAGGUAAUGCUGCCAAAAUUCUGACUUACUUGCCUUCAUUUAAAAGUCCACUUUGUAAAUCUUCUGGACUUUGACCUCUUCUUUCUGCCAGGGGUUGAAUGUCAAUGAUGCUUUAUGUUCUCAAUAAUUAUAUGGACAUUUGCUUAGCAUUAACAUCUACACUACACAACAGUAAGAAGCAACAUACAGGGCAGCUACAAAACUACAUAAUCUGGAUCGCUUACUGUUUUUAUUCACUCCAGCCACGAGUAGCUCAAUCUCAGGGAACUACACUGCUAAUCUGGGCUUGACAAAUUCAUUGAAGUAAAGUACAGACACAUAAAUAACACUUUCAACAUAUCUGUCUGUGAUGAUUCAGUCUGCACAGAAUUUAGCUUAAAUUUAGAAAAAUGCCAGAUACAUUUUUCGGAGUCCAUUUUACUUUGUAUAAUGCACACAAAGGAAAGAGUCCUGAAUUGAACUAGUAUGAAAACUGUCUGUAAAGAUGUUACUAGAUUACGUUCACCUUCAUUAUAAUGGUAUUAAGGCACAAAUCUGAGCGACAACUUAAAAUCUGGAUAUCUAAUACCAAAUCCACUACAUGAAGACAUUUUGGAAGGUGCGAAAAUUACUUUUAGUUUUCGUGACCCAACAUGAAACAAUUAACAUUGUGUAAUAAGUUAAACAAAGUUCAGCAACACAAUCAAAGUCUUUCCCCACAUGUGCCACACCUUUUUUUGUGGAGAGAUUGCACAGAGGUUACCGUUUUACUGAUGGGACAUUACCUGCAGGCAGAUAUUGGUACUGUGGAUCUAUGUGUUAUCGUGUUAUUUUGGACUCUUAAUACUUUGUAGAUUUUGAAACAAAAUCCAGAACAGAACCAUGUUUCAUGUCUGAUGCCAUCUUGACGAACUUAGUAAAAGUACUUUUUUUAUUUUGUUCAAAUAGUUAUUACAGAAUGAUUCAUGACGAAUUUGUUUUUGUUUUCUUGUGUCUCUGAACCUGAAGCCUUUUGAGGUUUGGUAAUGUAUCGGUAUUUUUUAUUAUUAAACCUUUUCUUUUCUCUAUUCAGUUAUAAUCUGUUGCCCUUGGAAGUCUUGCAACAAGUGUUAUUUUCAGGAAAUUAUGACAUGUCUGUUUGACCCAAAUGCUGUCUUGUCAGAUUAGAAGGUUUAAAUAUCAGUUUAGUCUGGUUUAGAGAAAGUUGAAAACGUAAAGGGACAGCUCACUUAACUAUCCAAAUCUAUUUUUUUCUACUUAAGGACUUACAUUCCAGUCAAACCAAAAGAGAUUUGACCAGACAAAGAAAAGGGCUCCUCUCUUAUUCCACAGGGGGGCAGUACAACCUCAGUCAGUGACACACACCACUACUCGUAACACCAUCAGAUACAAUUGUACAUUGGUGAAAUAAGCCCAAACCCCACAUGUUAUAUUGAAUGUCAUGCAGUGAUGUUUUCUUUAUUUUAUUUUUUUCUUCUAUCCAUUUCGGUCCAAACUAACUUCUAACAUUUGUCAUUAUGGUCUGAGACACAUGGCUGAUCCAGAUGAGCUGGAGUCAGAAACGGUGCAACAUGAUUAGUAGCUUUCUUCUAUACUUUGACAUCAACAUGAACUAAUGGCUCUGAUUGGAUGAACACAUCAAUCACUAGGCAACUCUGGACAAAGACUAAAUUAAUAUAGAUUUUGUAAAGUAAAAAUAUUUGAGAUAUUUUGAAUGUUUGUUUCUAUUUAGCAGCAGCAGGGUUUAUGGAACCCACAACCACUUAUUCACUGUACAAGCAUUCCAACCACCUGAGCUGAACAGACAAUGUUGCUGAACAGUUAUGAAAGUUGUUCUAUUAAAAACUUCAACUGUU